UAAUUUGCAUCACUUCGGCAGAUGUUUCCCCAAAAUCUUCUUCCCUAGGAGAGGGCACGACAAAGCAAACAAAAAAGGGGGCAGAGAAAAGGCUUGGAUAUAUCACUUUUGUUCCCUCUUUACACACUUCACUUCUUUCUGGAAAAAAAAGUACAACACAUCUAUAUACACACACACAGAAGCUUUUUGGGUUCACACUCAACACAAAGGGAUUGGAUAGGUGAAUACUUG